UAACACGUGGAAGUUGCCCCAGUGCACAACCCAGUGCCUGACAAAGAAAUAUACUUGUUAAAUAAGUAGUAUCUUCUGGGAGUAGUAUCUCCCAGGGGAGCGCUUGGGUGUAACACAAACUGUAACUUCUGUAAGGGGUAUGAGGUCAAUCCAGAGUCAGCCUUAUUGGCGCCAAGAGUAAAAUAACGACCGAGUACCAGGGAUGUCUUCUCUAACCAAGGGCAAGCACUGAAGUUCCUGUGGCUGUCAGGCAGAAAUGAGGCUAGGUCAGAGGCUGCGUUUAAAGUUCCGGAAGAAGCAUUUCUUCAGCUGUCUGAAGACCCUCGGUUGGGUCUCUCCCAAGCUCUCCAGGGCUCAGCCCUUUAUAUUGUUUAUUUUUGGUCUGGGAUGAUGCAGCAACGGAAGAGCCCUCUGCCUUCCCUGUGACUCCGAACCGGCCUAGGCCACACUGUAAGACCCCACUCGCGGUACCGCCUUAGGGGAACCAGAGGCUUGUAGAAGUUGCGGUGUUGUGGAUGAGGUUUCCAAGUGCGAGGCUGCUGUAGCGGGAGAACUAAAGUUAGCUACGUUGGCAAUGAAGUCCGGGAUAACGCGGCGGAGCGAGAGCUGGAAAGGGCUGACCCGGCUUUAAGUCUACCAGUGACGGGGACAGGUGCGGAGGAUUUGUCCCUCACUUGCGCCACCGCAGCGACGCGCCCCACCGCAGCUCGUUUCUGAAAGAUUGUACUCCUCUCCACGGAUCUUCGCCUCACAGAAAACGCACACUCCCGCCUUGCUUUUCCUCCUCCCGCCCUUCUUCCUUCUGCUUGAGCGGCUCCUCUCUGUCGCCCCCUCCCGGGCUGCGUCCCAGCCCAGCGGACCCAGCUCGGCCCGCCCAUUAGCGAAGGAGACGCGCAGUUUCUCAAUGGAGCCGCGCGGAGCUCAGGCGGCUGCAAGGUCCUGCCGCCUCCCUGUCCCUCGCUGUGGCCUGCGCGGCUUCUGAGGAGCUGCGCUGAGGCGGCCGCGGUGGCCAGACCGGCAGCGGGAGGACCCGUCACGCUCGGGUGGCUGCGGGGCGCCGCUGCCGAGGCCUCUAACGUUCUUCAUUUCCUCCUACUGCCUCUCGAGGACUCUCAGCUCCUGUCUGCUGUUUUCCGGGAGAGGAGUGGGAGUGAGCGAAGGAGCGGAGAAAAUACACAAGGAUUUCCGCCCAGAAGACGGCGACACUCGGGAGCCUUUGGGCGAGGAACGGCGGCGCGGGACCAGCAUGCGCGGGCCGGCCCGGGACUGCUGAGCGGGCGUCGCGCUCCCAGUGGGUUGUGUCCACCGCGGCUGCGGGAUGGAGCCGGCGACCGCGCCCCAGGCCGACAUGGCGCCGGAGCUGACCCCGGAGGAGGAGCAGGCCACCAAGCAGUUUCUUGAAGAGAUUAACAAGUGGACAGCUCAAUACAACGUUUCCCCUCUCUCUUGGAAUGUGGCUGUAAAGUUCCUCAUGGCCCGGAAGUUUGAUGUACCCCGUGCCAUAGAGCUGUUCCACACCUACAGGGAAACACGAAGGAAAGAAGGCAUUGUGAAGCUGAAACCUCAUGAUGAACCUCUUCGUUCUGAGAUCCUUAGUGGAAAAUUCACCAUCUUAAAUGUUCGGGACCCAACAGGAGCCUCCAUCGCCCUCUUCACUGCCAGAUUGCAUCAUCCACACAAGUCAGUCCAACAUGUGGUACUUCAGGCUCUGUUUUACUUACUAGACAGAGCUGUGGAUAGCUUUGAAACUCAGAGGAAUGGACUGGUGUUUAUCUAUGACAUGUGCGGUUCUAAUUAUACCAACUUUGAGCUGGAUCUUGGCAAGAAAGUCCUAAACUUGCUAAAGGGAGCAUUUCCAGCUCGUUUGAAGAAAGUGCUGAUUGUGGGAGCCCCCAUAUGGUUCCGAGUGCCCUAUUCCAUUAUCAGCCUCCUCCUGAAGGACAAAGUCCGUGAGAGGAUUCAGAUAUUGAAAACCUCUGAGGUCACCCAGCACCUGCCCAGAGAGUGCCUUCCAGAAAACCUGGGUGGGUUCGUCAAAAUGGAUCUCGCCACUUGGAAUUUCCAGUUCCUACCCCAGAUGAAUGGCCACCCGGAUCCCUUCGAUGAGAUCAUCCUGCUCUCCCUCCCUCCUGCUUUAGACUGGGACUCAGUGCAUGUUCCAGGUCCCCAUGCCAUGACCAUCCAAGAGCUGAUGAAUUAUGUUAGCACCAGGCAGAAGCAGGGGAUAUAUGAGGAGUAUGAAGACAUUCGUCGUGAGAACCCUGUUGGCACUUUCCAUUGUUCCAUGUCUCCUGGAAACCUAGAGAAGAACCGCUAUGGGGAUGUACCCUGCCUGGACCAAACAAGAGUGAAGCUGAUAAAACGAAGUGGCCACACUCAGACAGACUACAUCAAUGCCAGUUUCAUGGAUGGCUACAAGCAGAAGAAUGCUUAUAUUGGUACACAAGGACCUUUGGAGAAUACCUAUCGUGAUUUCUGGCUCAUGGUGUGGGAGCAAAAAGUCUUGGUGAUUGUCAUGACCACUCGCUUUGAGGAGGGCGGCAGGAGGAAGUGUGGUCAGUACUGGCCUUUAGAAAAAGACUCUCGGAUCCGAUUUGGCUUCCUCACAGUGACCAAUCUAGGCGUGGAGAACAUGAGCCAUUAUAAGAAAACAACGCUAGAAAUUCAUAACACAGAGGAACGGCAGAAACGCCAGGUGACUCACUUUCAGUUCCUGAGCUGGCCAGAUUAUGGUGUCCCCUCCUCAGCAGCUUCCCUCAUUGACUUCUUGAGAGCAGUCAGGAGCCAGCAGAGGCUGGCCGUCAGCAGCAUGGGAGCAGACUCCAAAGGGCAGUGCCCUGAGCCACCCAUUGUGGUCCAUUGUAGUGCAGGCAUUGGCAGGACAGGUACCUUCUGUUCACUGGACAUCUGCCUGGCACAGCUGGAGGAGCUUGGUACCCUUAAUGUGUUCCAGACAGUAUCCCGCAUGAGGACCCAGAGGGCCUUCAGCAUCCAGACCCCUGAGCAGUACUACUUUUGCUACAAGGCAAUCCUGGAGUUCGCAGAAAGGGAGGGCAUGGUGCCAUCCAGCCACAACCUCUUGGCCAUGGAGGGUCAGUAACUGUCCCAUGAGCCUCCCACCUGCUGGCCAGCCUUCUUCCUUAAACUAUCCCGGACACCACUGAGCCUGUAGGUUGCCAUCAGUUACACUGAAGCCAUGGACCAACCUCUUUCUUGUGUCUCCCGGUGCACGCAGAGCAGCCUUUCCCUUUGGCAAGAUAGAUGUGGUGAAAUUGUUAUUAGAAAGGGCCAGCAACAGUGUGUUCUUAAGUCCUAGCAACUGCCAUUGAACUGUGCCUUAUUAUAACCAAAUUGUGGCUAUUGAUUUUUGCUAGGGGCUCCAAGCAAGGUAAGUGGGAAAGGAAACUCCCUACUCUCUUUCCCAAUGCCCUCUCCUUCUGGAGGUCUCCUUCCCAUCCCUUCCCUUUGCUAGGAUUUAAUGGGGAGGUUUGGUGAGCAUCUACCUUCCUUCCUAGAAAGCUUGACCAAGUUAUAUAUUCUAGAGAACAUCCCGAGUGCCAAGCACGUUUAUUCCUAGAGUGUGUAUUCCAGUCUUUUCUGUUAUUCUGUGUGUGUGCGUGUGUGUGUGCACUUAUGUGUAUGGGUCCAUAUGUAUGUGUGUAUAUAAUAUAUUAUUGUAUGUGAUAAUAUGGUCAUAUUCUAUAAAUACAUAUACACAGAGUUACUCCUUUGUAGAAGUUCCUGGGGCUCCGUGUUGCACUUCAGGUGUUGUGGCUUCUUGUACCCUACUGUUUAUCCUAGACUAGCUGGGUUUGGGGAUUAUGUCUCCAGUUGUCAAAUGACAGAAUGGUGGAAGAGGAUAUCCACUUUCUAUGUUCCUGCCACAGGCUUUCAUCCUUACAUCAUGACUUAUCUCUCUCCAGGAUGCUAUCUUUUGGAGCCAAGAAUACUGGUUUGUGGUGACGCUGGUUUAAUUCAGCAGCAUAGAUUGCCCUUACCUAAUGAUUUUUCUCCGUUUACUUUGCUGAUUUUGGUAAUAGACCUCCACUGUGAUUUCAGACCCUCUCUUUCCUCCUCCUGUCCCUUGGGGAUUGAAGCCUUGGAGUAGAGAUGAACUCACAGAGCAGCUAGAGGCAAGAGCAAUUGGUACGAUGCCUUAAAAGGAAAGAAAGAGCCCAAGUAUGAGAAAGGAAACUACUAUGAGAAUCCUUCCCUGGAAGAAUUAUCUUGGUUCCUUUCCCCCAAAGGUUCCUUUCCUUAUGCAGCUUGGCCCUAUCUACUCGGAUGCCCAUCUUUUUCUGCCUAGUAACUGACAGACCCUGGAGCUCAAGCUGGACGGAUUCUGUGUCAAUAAAAAGUUUUAACUCCUGGCUGGGUGAGGCAGUGCCCUGCAAUUUCUAUAACCCCACUCCCCUUUCACUUAAUGUUUUCCUAUCUGCUCCCAGCCUGAUGUGCUAGAAGUGGAAUGCAGUGCUCUACAUUCCCAAGAAAAUCCCAGGAACCCCUAAACCUUCCCCCAUCACAGAUGAGGUUGGCAACUGAUCAGACCUCAAUAAUUUUAUACUGUAAUAAGCUCUUGAAUGUAUAUGUUCUUAUUUUUACAAUCCUUUAAUUUUGUAUUUAAUGUCAAUUGACUGAGUCAGAUUCAGAAAAUAAUUGUAAAUGUUCAUAUUCAAUAUCUUACACCAAUAGUUUUGUAUUUACAUAUAAAUAUACUGACGUGAUCAAACCCUUUUAGCUUCAUCAAUUUAGUAGCAGUGUGGGGCUGGGAAGGUGAGGAGGGAGUCUUAAGAGCUGGUCUGGGAGGGGUGGGGAGGCAGGGAAGGACCCAUGUCUUUUUGUAUCUGAGUCUUUCAGGUUUGACAGCCAUCUACCUAGCCUGUAGGCCAUGACCUUAGCUCUGGGCAGAAAUAAAGAACCAGCACCAGUUGAGUGCUCGUGGGGUGUUAAUCUCUAUGUUUGGUGCUUCCCCCCACCCAUUAUCUUAUUCAAACUUUACAGUACUCCAAUGAGAGAUUAUUCUCCCUUUAUUCUAUUUCUGUAUAGAUGAGGAAGGUAAGGCCCAGAGGGAUAUAGUGAUUUGCUAUAAAACCAGAGCAGAAGCUGGUCUGCUUACAGAGCUUUUGGCCUCUUCACUACAUUGCUAUCUCAAAGAUCCAGAUGGUGGUUUUGUCUUUUGAAACUAGGGCUUUUUAAUGGCUGUCUUUCAGAGUAUAAACAGUUCUUAAAAUUCCAGAUAACUGAUCUUAAGCUCAUGUUGCAUGUAGUAGACUAGAAGGGUGACAGAAUUGGUGACUGAUUAUCCUAUGUAGGACCUCCUUGUGUAGGGUCUUUAGGUCCCCAGAGUACUGAAAGGGUCAUUCUUCCAGGGACACUCCAUACCUAUGGGUACGCUGGGAUCUUGAGUCAUUUGCAUGUCUCUCUUAGAAUAGAACCAGUAGCUUUAUCCACGUAGGGCCACUCCCUAUGCCAUAUAGCUACUCCCUGUUGACAGCCUGCCCAGUUGGUACAGUUCUGGCAUGGAGUGUAUGUUAAUAUAUGGACAUUCUUAAUAAAAGUGAUAGAAGUUAAUAUUUACUGGAUGCUUAGCUGGC